AUGAGUCUUUCAACCAGCAGCACCAAUCUCAACUUAAAUCUUAUGACCUCUUCCUCAUCCUCCACUUCCAUCUCAUCUACCACUACGACCCCCACCAUUUCAUCACGCCCCAUCACCUCUUGUAAAUCCACAAACUCUAACAAUUUCUCUCGCGCUUCUUCAGUGCCAUCAUUCAUGACCAACGAUGAGAUGAAGGGCAGUGCCAAAAAGAUGCCGCCGACGAUCUCGUCAAUCACAUUCUCGGCGAUCGAGGACAAGGACGAUUACAAUAUAGUGGCUGAAAUAACCUCCUCUACCACCUCUGCUAUCAUCAGUUCACGACCACCUGUUCCACCAAGAUCCAGUCCCUCGAGUGACAGCAAUACACCCAACCACAGCACACCUCGGUCGGGCACGCCAUCUCCUCCAUGCAAUGAUGACAUUCAAAAAUCCAAACCUCCCUUACCACCACGCAACCAUUCACCAUUAUCAUUCCUACCACCUCCACCUCCACCACUUCAUACUCAACUUGCCAAUGGAAAUAAUCAUCAAGAUUUUUCAUCUCUCACCCUUCCUCCUCCACCCCCUCUUAUCCACAAUAUUAACAACAAUAACAAUGGCACCCACUCACUUCGACCACCACAAGAUAAACAUUCACCAAGAAGUCAUUCACCAACCAACAUCAACAUCACUACCAACGAUCAUGCGCAACCCAAAAAACCAACUCCACCUCAUUACAAGCGUCCCAUUAGUAAAAGUGAAAGCUCUCCAUCCAUGCCUCUUGCUGGUACCAGUGGUGGAGUCCAGAACUCCAGUGCCCAUAAUCUUGUUAAAGCACUCAACCAAAUCAACAGCAACAGUCAAUUCAAUAGCUUGGGUGGUGGUGCAUUCCAACAACCCUUAAAAUCAGGUCUAAGUAAAAGUUCAACUGGCAUGCCACCCCCACCACCUUUGACUAUUCCAACUAGUUCAUCAAAUACCACCAACACCAACUCCAACUCCAACACCAACUGUUCCAACAAUGCUGCUACUUCCACAUCCACUUCUUCAUCUACAAUGUCCCAAAGUAAAGUUAAUUUGUUAUCUCAUUCUAUCCCUUCUCGAUUGGGAGCAGGUAGAAUGCCACCUCCACCUCCUGGAUCACUUCAACAAUUAAAACCAGUAGUUAAUAAUAAUAAUAAUAAGCAACAACCAACCGAUCAUUCAACAAAACCAAAGUUUGUUUAG